CUUAAGCAUGUCUCGUAAUUUCAUUAUAUCAAUUACGAACUUUUUCAAUAAUUUGGAACGCCUGUUUUUGCCCAACUGUGGAUCCCCACCCGCGUUGGCCUAUUUAGUGCACCAACAGCACAGUAGCCCGAGAACCAACACCUCACAGAAGUUAAGUCUUAAGAAUCUUCUGGGCGAUGGCGUGCUCUGGGCAGUACCAAAACACCGUCGAAGUGUAGAGAAACGUUUAAAUCGAAAAUUUGGCUAUCCAGCGUUUGUAUGGAAGCCACUGCAGGAGAAGAAGAACCUCCGACCUUGCCAGCAAUGCGGCCACGAUCACGAAUUGGGAGUCCUGUGUCCUCACUGUUACGAUAAAGUGCGACAGGAAACUCAGCUCAUGCAGGAUAAAAUACAAACUCAGUUAGGUCUGGAGCCAAUCGAGCAGGAGGUUAUUGUCUUAUACGCAGGCGAGACGGCAGAACAAGCAACAGAUGCAAUUAGCGGCAAACGCAUAAUAGAAAUGAAAAAGCCACGCCCGAUGUGGUUCACCAAAAAUCUGCUGCAAAAAUCCACGCAGCAAUCAUCGGAAACCAAAGAAGUUAAGCCCUCAAAUUUGGCAUAAGCUUUGCCGCUAUUACGUCAUUAAUAAAAUUCCUCAGAGCAGAAUUUGUUAACAGAA